AUGUCAUCGUCACAACGUGAUGGUUACUUUCAAUGCGGAUUCUGCAAGAAACACUACAAUCGCGCAGACCAUCUGAUUCGACAUGUCCGAUCCCAUACGCGAGAAAAGCCUUACGUGUGUGAUGUUUGCAACAAAGGCUUCGCUAGGCCCGAUCUGAUGAAACGACACGCUGCUGGUCAUUCUCAAGAACGCGAGGGAAAGCGGAAACGACCUCCCUCAUAUUCGAAAAAUGGUCGUGUCUCGCAGGCCUGCAAAGCAUGUGCAACUUCCAAGCUCAAAUGUGACGAGGAAAAGCCAUGCCACCGGUGUCGCGAGAGAAACCUGAUCUGUGACUGGCCGCAGGAACAGGGGCAGUCUCCUCUUGGGAAUGAUGCAUAUCCCGAGCCACUUCAGCAAGCGCCCCAAAAUCAACACGGACCUCAUUAUGAUACCCUGCUUGAGUCGCCAAUACAUGGACAAGCGAACGAUUACACAGCUCCAGUCACUCUGCCCAAUCAGUUGGUAACCCCUGAUGUGUCGAUGGAAAACUAUUUGCCUCCAGAGCAGCUGGAUGCAGUAAACGUUGACGGCAUGUCGGUGGCUUACGAAGUUUCACCAGGCACGGACCGCGAAAGUGGUAUUCUCAGUAUUGACGGGACAUUCUUUCCAAACUUCAUCCCGGAUUCAUUGAUUCCAUCAGCCCGAUCUGGGGAGGCAGAUCCCCCAUCGACUAUACCUCAAGAUUACGCCCAUUACGGUGUAUUCGACCAUAAUUUACACCUGGAUUUUGAUCUUACAGAUGUUGACUAUGGACUGAUUGACUUUUUCAACAAUCGAGGAGCUGUCCCCGAGAUACAACCGGAUGCAGGUCGAGUCGAUGGAAACAACGACCGGUUCGACGUCGACAGUGGUAUAGCCAUCGGAGCGGAGGCUUAUCAACGCUCAUCUUUAUCCGCCUGGAAGCCUACUCAUGAGGAUCAUACGUUUGCAGAUCGGGUUAACCUUUCAGUUCCCAAGGCAAUCAAUAGUCCCCAUAGCAGUCCCACAUCGAGCCGCCAAAUUCUUUCAGAACGAUUAUUGCCAAGUAGUCGCGACCUGAUUUUCGGCAUGGUUCUGCAGGGGACCCAGAAGGACGAAAAUCUGACCCGCAUAAUGAAGUCAUUUCCCAAUGCUGAAUUGUUGGAUAGCCUGAUUCAGAGUUAUUUCGAGUGCCAGAGGCACCAAAUCGAUUCAUGGAUCCACGGACCGACCUUUCGACCCAAUAGCGAAGAGCCAGACAUGCUCGCUGCCGUGGCGGCUGCUGGUGCUGUCCGCUCACCUAUAUCGACAAUACGUAAGUUAGGGUAUGCUUUGUUGGAAAUUGCGCGCCUCCAAAUGUCGGUCAAGUUUGAAAACGAUAACAGUAAAACGCGGGAUCUACGGCCCUCACAAACCUUUGCCCUCGUGAUUGAAAUUGGCAUCUGGAGUGGGAACAGACGGAAGAUGGAAAUCGCGGAAAGCUUUCAGCAGCCUUUAUUGACGAUGCUUCGUCGAGGAUUGCGUUUUCGACGUUCACUGUAUUCAACCAAUGCCCCCCAUCCCGAUGACAUGGGGGAAACUUUGGAUCGGAAAUGGCACGGUUGGGUCGAACAGGAGUCGUUUAAAAGACUGGCUUACCACCUGUUCCUGCACGAUGCCCAGUCGGCCGUAAUGCUCAACAUUAACCCCCUCAUCUCGUAUGCUGAAUUGGAAUUACCGUUUCCCGCUAUCCGGCAAUUAUGGGAGGCCAAGACUGCCUACGAAUGGAAGGAGGUAUACCUGACAGUCGGAGGACUAGGUUCAGGUCGCUUGCCGUCGUUGGCAGAUUCAUUGCAUGACAUGUCUCAGCUGACUGCAUUCCGAAACCGGAUCGACCUGCAGCUGGCCACGUUUGUUGUUCUGCACGGGCUUUCCGCGCUGAUAAAUGAAUAUCAUCGCCUCAAGUUUAUCUCUAGAGGGACCUCUAAACACUGGCACGCUUUGGUAAUAAACUCCCGACAACAGGAGCUGUCUGAAGCGCUGCAGCAUUUCCGCAUGGUCUACCAGCAAUGGCCCGAGCCCCUGGGACCUGGGAUCCUUUUGGUCUGCGAGGUGAUUUCGAUGUUUCUUUACAUGUCACUGGAGGAGCUGCAGCUUUUUGCGGGGAAGGAAGACAAGCAGGAAGCGCGCCGUGUUUAUCACCGCGCGAUCGAAUGGAUCAACAGUGUUGAUUCCCGGCGUGCCAUAUGGCAUGCUGGACAGGUAAUUCGAGCAGCGAGGUCCAUGCCUCAAGGCUCGCUCACGGGGUUCUUUGCCAUUGGGGUAUACUACGCAGGUCUAGCUCUUUGGUCGUAUAGUGUUGUUUCCAAGGCGAACGACGCAAAGAUAGCUGCCGAUAGUUCCCACUCACCAUCUGAUCUCGCCUGGCCGACUGUGUCCCUAGAUGCGGAGGAUAUGACAGAUGCCCUAAAAUUUAUAUCAUUAGGCUGUGGUUGUCCAGCUUUGCAAGGCCCUCGAGGUCCUGCCAUGGUUUCUGAUGCCAGCCUAACCAUGCAUGUGAUCCAGGGAGUGCUGCGGACAGAUGCCCCCCACGAGAACCUGGCUCCGUUGGUAUUAAGUCUUUCGUGCCUGAUCAGUGAUUUAGGAAAUGCAGUCCGAUCCCACGUACGCUCGACGACGCAUCCGGAGAGAAGCACAGGUGCUUUGGCCUUGUAG